GCUAUGUGUUUGAUGAAACUCUUUCAAAGUCUCUUUUCUGCUUGUCCUCCUGGUCAAGCCAUCAGUUGGUCUUGUUGGCUGGUGGGUGCAGGUUCUACAUGAUCUGAGAUCAGGUAAGUCCACAGGGGGUGACCAGUCUUAAACCCUUGCUGUAUAAGAAACAGAUCAGGGGAUUUCUAUCUAUGCUUUGCACACGUGGCUCUAACUUUUAACAUCCUGCCUUCUGCAAUGGGUCUAGGGAUGAAUUAGCAGACUGAAUAACAGACUGAACGUUGCUGUAUAUUUGGAACUUUGGGUCUUUGCUAAUUUACAAUAAACUUACUUUCUGUGUUAAGUCUUAUCAGUGGUUUGCGUUUUUGUUUUGCUGCACACAGGAUGUUUCAAACUUUCUUUUCAAUACAAAGUGUACAUUUUAUUUUGGAACUUUGACAUGGGGGGGAGGAAGUGAUAUCUCUAGUAGGCGUAAAUGGCAUUAACUCAUUAUAUACCAGAACGACCACACUUUGAAACAUUGAUGCUAUUAACUAUUUGUGUCUGAUGCUUGCUUCAUUUAAAAAGGAACCACUGUUUUAUUUUUAUUUUUUUACAACGAGGGGAUAAAAAACUAAUUUUAAAGUGUAAGGAAGUUUAGUCUUCUGGUUUCAUAUUAAUCAAGCAUCUUUGGCAGGGAUUGCCUUCUUAGUGCAGCAUACUAAAAAAAUAUCUAUCUAGAUAUAUACAUAUAUACAUUGUGCCCAAAAAUGCAUUAGCCCUUUAAGAGAGGGGGGAACUCAUAACAAGAGAACAUUUGCCCAGCUAAGAUCUAAAAUACUUUAUUACAUGACCUCAUUAUUUAAUGUUUAUAUUGUGUUCAGAAUAAAAAACAUUUGCUUCAUACUGCCAAGAAAAUUGGACUGAUUAUAUCAAGUUAAAGUCCUACUACUAUGCAGAGAAAUUAGUUUUGUUCCCGUGUCUAAUUAUGUCCUUACAUGAUUCUUUUGUUUAUAGACUGUAAUUAGGUUAAGCUCGCUAUGGGCAGCAUGUGACCGGUCAUUCCAAGAUGGAUCAAAUGAAAUCCAAUCUAUAUUCUAUAACCCAGCCGUUACUUGUGGCAAUUUGUUAAAAAGGGAACAACUAAUUGUGUUGGUCUAGAUGUUGUGUAUGUAUAUAUGUGUGUAUUUAAUUAACAUAAUAUAUGGAUAUGUGUGUUUUGUCUUUAAAAUUAUGAUAAAAAAAGGAAAUGUGCCACUCCAACGCAGACAAGGCGUCCUACUAAGUUCACACAAAUUGUUUUAUAUGCACCCUAUUACUACCCUAAUCAUUAAACUGUGAAUAGUUGUGAAUUCAAACCGAAUUUCAAUUUUAAGGUCUAAAUAGCUGAAUUGGAAACAUUCUCCCAGUCAGCUAUGCAUCCAAUUCUGCUUCUUUGGCCCAAAAUUUGAAAUUGACUUUGAAUGCUCUGCAAUUUUUACCUUAGUAAAUAACCUGUAUAUGUUUUAGGCAUGAAAGUGUCUGUCAUUUGUGGGAUGAUUGCAAUGUUUUUCCCUAGGAAACAUUAAGGUGACAUAUCUGUUAUCACUGUAACAAAUAUGCCUUCAUAUUUGAAUUAAUGCAGAUAAAUUGCCAGAAGCAUUAUGUGCAGUUAGAUGCCAUACGAAGGCGUCUAUGUCUGUCCCUAUAACCUGUAAAGGGAAUCAACACAGUAAAGGAGGAGACUAUAUUUAAAAGAAGAAAAACUACCACAACAAGAGGACAUAGUCUUAAAUUAGAGGGACAAAGGUUUAAAAAUAAUAUCAGGAAGUAUUACUUUACUGAGAGGGUAGUAGAUGCAUGGAAUAGCUUUCCAGCUGAAGUGGUAGAGGUUAACACAGUAAAGGAGUUUAAGCAUGCGUGGAAUAGGCAUAAGGCUAUCCUAACUAUAAGAUAAGGCCAGGGACUGAUGAAAGUAUUUAGAAUAUUGGGCAGACUAGAUGGACCGAAUGGUUCUUAUCUGCCGUCACAUUCUAUGUCCCCUUCAGCUAUCGUGACAGUGAUGAGCAAUGGGAAGAUGCUCCAGGUGGAAGCUACUUAGAGCUCCGUCCUUUUGAACUUCUUGACAGAAAUCGGUUUAACCAUAAAACUGUCACUGCUCUGGCAAAAGUGUGAGACCUGCUUUUACGAGGGUUAACCUGCUCUUUUCUUUCAGUACAUUUUCAGCAAUGAUACCUCUUAUGACCUACAGAUAACAGGCGGGACCACAACAUUUCAUAGAUUUUCAUAAAAUCUAUACAUUUGCUAUAUUUUCUGCUUGCGCAGUUUAGACUAUGUUUGUUCUCUUUAUGUAAAGCACAAGUUAUCACACCAGUGACGGGUACAUGCAUUUAUUGAAAGGAGCUUUCUCCCCUGAAAAAGUAAUGUUUCUUUUAUUAGACAGCAGUUAUCACCCUGCAAAAUUCACAUAUGUUCUCCUUUUCAGCGAAGUAUAUUAUCCUGAGCCAGAACAACAGAAUGAAGCUGACAAGUGCAUAGCAAAUGUUACUUUAUUUUUGUAUGUCUAUAUAGUUAUAUCCAAAUAUCUGGAUAUAUGCCACUGUUUUUAUGGUUGUUGUAGUAAAGUUAUAUUUUGGUUUUAUUUUAUUUUAUUUUUACUAUAAUUGUGGAAUUGUUGCGUUUGCAUUUGUUAAACACAUGCAAUGAAGUAUAAUUCACACAACUUGUAUUAUAUUGUGCCACUGCCACCUUUAUUGGUCAUUUGUGUGUAUAUAGAUAUAGGCCUACACACACAUUUCUCUAUUAUAUAUUUAGUUUUUUUUAUCUAUGUAUGGACAAAAUAUUGAAUUCAAAAAAGAUUAUGCAAAAAUUGCUACAAAAACAUUGUGGAGGUCUAUACACUUAGCGGUGCCUUGUGGAGAGUUGACAGACUUGCAACAAUUCAGUCAAGACAAUUAAUUUCAAUAUUGAUCUUUCUGUUAGAUUUCAGUUUUUUGUUUUUAUUUGGUCGUACAUUGUUCUAUGCUAUUCUAUUAUUUGAACAGAUUACCCUAAAAUUCACAGGCCCAGGGAAAUUUAUGUGCAAAAGCAAAUGGAAAUUUAGUUUAGGUUAAUGUUCCAGCAUUGUAUUGCAUAGAAAGGAAAUUUUCACUUUGUGUGAAAAUUCUCAUAAAGCAGUUUUAAAAAAAUGAAAAUAAAUUAUUGUUUUUUUUUUCUGUACAAGACAAGAACCUGUUUCACUAAUCCAUAAGUGCACAACGUGGCUGAAUAAAGUUCUGCUGGAGAUUUUCUCAGCAAUGGGAAACAGUCAUGUUGGGCACAUUUUUACAUUGAUGCAAAAUCUGAUGCAAUUUCUAAGAUACUAUACUCUAUGUACUUUUUUUAUUUUUGUAUUUGACUUUUUUCCUGCUUUUGUCCAAUUUAAUUUGCAGCUGUACCUCAGCACACUGGUCUAAUGAAUAUAUACUCUCAGGUAUUUUGGUCUAAAAUCUGGUUUUCAGUUACCCAAUGUUCAUGGUUUAUUGCAUAAAUACAGAUUAAUUUACUUAUGCUCCCUUCUGUAGUGAAAUUGAAUAUGUCAAAAUAAAAUAACAGAAUUAGAAGCAUAGCAGACUUGGAGAAUCUUUCCAAAUAAGAUUUCUUUUUUUAACCUUAAAUUUGAAAUUUACUUAAAAAAACUAACAAUUCUCACUAUAGUUCAUAACCCUGAAAGUCAUUACAAAAUCAUUGUCAGCCAAUCUCCGCACUGGAUUUACAAUUUGUCUGGUCAAUGAUGGUAAAAUUGCACCUCUGUUUUAAUAUGUAAAAGUUCCAAACUAUUGUCUUUAUUCACUAAACCUCAAACUGCAGUGAAUAGGAAUUGUAAAAUUUAGGCUAAAAUAGCCGAGCGGUGAUUAUAGCUUAAUUGGAGAAAGGUUGCAAUUUGCCUAUUUUUGCCUAUGUUUUUCAGUUCGGCUUUAAAUUCAGUGUUUAUUGGAUAAGCCCCUAUGUUUAUUAGGAAUGAUGGACUAGCACCAACUGACAACUGAAUUGCAAAUGUACAAUAACUGUACUGUAAAAUUAGCCUAAAUAAAAAAUCCAACAGCUUUUAAAAGAUAUGUCUCUUUAAGCUUACAGAAGGUAUAAAAAUGCUCAAAGUUGCAGUCUUAAGGACAGUUAUAAGGUGCUGUAGCCAAAGUAGGAGUGGUCAGCUGGGAAACUGAAGUUAAGAUUACUCUCUGACCCUGUUUGUCCUGAAAUGUAAAAGCACAGAGGCAAUUUACUCACUAAACUGAUAACUGUGGCGAUUUAUAAGGGAGUGGAAUAUUUAGACAAAAUAGCAAACUGGAAAAAGUUUGUCUUUCUACAAUUUUUAUUUUUUGCCCUGAAAACUUUAAAUUAACUUGUCAGUUCUAAUCAAUUUAUGAAACACUAUCAAGUUAAUUUCUUAAUAAUUCUGGUUAAUACUUCAUUAAUUAAGAGGGAUUUAAAAAAAAAUAAAAAAAAAAUAUUCUUAAUAACUUCUUAAAGCAUUUUAUAACCUGGUGCUAGGAUUCAUCCGUGAUCAUUUAGCCCAUUUCGAAGAAAAUGGGAACUCUGCACUCUGAAACUCAAGCAAAUAGAAACAUAGAAUGUGACGGCAGAUAAGAACCAUUCGGCCCAUUUUGUUUGCCUAAUUUACUAAAUACUCUCAUUAGUCCCUGGCCUUAUCUUAUAUUUAGUAUAGCCUUUUGCCUAUGCCACGCAUGCUUAAACUCCUUCACUGUGUUAACCUGCAUCAUUUCAGCACUUCACCAUGUAUAGGUUCCAUUUGACAGAGGAGAUUAAUUAUAUAAAUACUAAUAGUAUGUGCAUUUGCCUCUAGUGCCCAGUGUUGUCCAUUUCAGACAUCAGCAAUCUCAGUUAAUUGUUAGAUUCAUUUUAAAUGAAAAACAUUCUUGCAAAGUGCAUGAUACUUAGAGCACCAUGGCCCCUACUUUCUGAAUGAGGGUUUACGCUGCUAUUUGUAACAAUGGCUGCGGCUGUAAGAUAGCCUACGUGCAGUCUUGGUGGGCUGCCGGAAAAAGAACACUUUGGGGUGCCUUGUAACAGUUUUGCAUCUCUUGUGUGUGGAGGAUGCACAUUGCGGACACACUGUAUGGCUGAUGUGCUCUCUCUCUUCACCUUGGUCCACACAUCAUCCAAAGGCAAAGCAGUUCCAUACCUCUCAUUUCAAAUGGACAAAGAGAGACACUUUAAAGAAACAUUAUAGUCACCAGAACAACUACAGCUUAAUGUAGUUGUCCAGGUGAGUAUAAUCAUUCACUGCGGGCAUUUUAAUGCAAACACUACCUUUUCAGACAAAAGGCAGUGUGUACACUUCCAGUGGCCACUCCACAGAUGGCCACUGGAGGUGAUCCUGGGGUAGUACUGCACAGCGUGCAGCACUGCCGUUCAGCGGAGACGCUGAACUAUCCUUAUAGUGAUGCAUUGAUUCUAUGAGGAGUUGCUGAUUGGCCAAGCUGGCAUUUGACCCCUGCCCCACUUCCUUGCCGAUUUCAGCCAAUCCAAUGCUUCCCCUAUGGGAAUGGAGUAUGUGGGGUGUGUGGCCAGGGACAAGGCUGUUCUGAGAAAUUUCAGAUGACUUACUAAUAGUAAUUUAUGAAACAAGUACAUAAAUUAGAACAAGAACAAUGUAUCCUGUUUACACAGAAGGAUUUCUAAACACCUUUGUUGCGGUUUAAAGACACAUUACUGUAAUUAUUAUUGCUUUGAAGCCCUGUUAUACACACAAACAUAACAACAAUAUGGACAUUAGGAUAGAAAUGAAGGACAGAGGGAUGUAGGUCCAAAAUAGACUGUCCCUAUUAUUUUAAUGCACUACUUGUUUAUUGCGUUAAAAAGUAUGGGGAUAUUUAUUUUCCUUUUUAGCUAUAGAGUUCCUUUAACCCCUUAAGGACCAAACUUCUGGAAUAAAAGGGAAUCAUGACAUGUCACACAUGCCAUGUGUCCUUAAGGGGUUAAAAACACUUAAGCUAUGCUUUUACCUCAAGCUACCCACUUAAAUUAACACUGUAGGGCAGGGGAGAGGGGCUUAAUAACCUGUCUGCUUUCUUGGUGUCAUCGCAGAAGAAAGGUGCUAACGCUUCCAUCAUAGUUCCAUCACAUAGUCCUCCAUCUUCCGCUCUAUCCAACUAUACCUAAAAAGAGUCGCAUUACUGGUGUACUCUUGUUCAGCUCUGAGAGUACAAGCAAGGGUCUGCUGAAGAUGUCACAAGAUCACAGUAUACAGUUUAUUAUUACUAUUUUUUAUAGUGCUAAUUGACAACAUUUGAUAUACAGAACAGAAACAAGGGCUGAAGGAGACCAUGUUGAAGAUCUUUUGAUGCUACAAAGGAGAUUUUCUUUUCCAAUUGACUAUUUAGAGUGACUUUUGCAAAUAGUUGACAACUCGUUGUUUUGGAAAAUAAUUGAUUUAUUUUACUGAUCAAUUUAUUAAAAAGUAAAAAAAAUCAAACUUUUUAACACCUAGUCACACAAGGUCUAUAUGACACUGUAUUUCUGUUUUGCAGGUUUUUAUGGUAACGGAGUUUUGAAUUCACUAUGGCUCCUGCGGCAAGUGCAGAUAUGGGGUACACCCCUCCAGAUGGCGGCUGGGGGUGGCUUGUUGUACUUGGUGCUUUCAUAUCCAUGGGCUUUUCAUAUGCUUUCUGCAAAGCAGUAACAGUCUUCUUCAAAGAAAUCCAGGAUUUUUUUGGAGCCUCUUACAGUGAGAUUGCUUGGAUAUCGUCCCUCUUGCUUGCUGUCAUGUAUGCUGGUGGUGAGUAAAAAACAUUUUUCUAGACAACACAGUAUGUCCAUAUUCUGACCAUAGUGUAGAAGUCCACAUAUGGCUACCACAACUUCAGAGAAAAAUAAACGCCAAACAGUUAAUUGCAUAGUAUUGUCCAUUGGAUUAUUUUGUACCUUAUGCAAACAGCAAUUGAAAACAUUUUCAUUCAAAGUAGUAAUCAGUCCAUCCAAAAUCUAAGAUAACCUAAUCAUGUUGAAAUGUUCCUUGAUUGGUUUGAGAAGAACUGUAUUGCAUCCCAUUGAACCUAUGAGUGUUUUAGGAGGAUUUUCUGUGAUGAUGGAGAAAUUGAAUUCGAAUUCCGCACAGUCUGGUGGAUCUGAAUCUACACUUGCCAGUUCUUUCUCUCAACUGGUGCAGUAUAGACUUUCCAUUUGGCAUGGUGCAAAAUAUUAUACAAACCUGGGUAAUAUUAUACAAUUAAAGCAAUUCAUAGUAUAUUGAUUAUUGGGACAUCCCAAUGCAAUAGGCUGUACACGCCUAUGUAGCGUCCUAUGUAGCGUCCUAUGGACGCUGGCGUCUUCUCACUGUGAAAAUCACAGUGAGAAGCACCUCAAGCGGCUGUCAAUGAGACAGCCACUAGAGGCUGGAUUAACCCAUAUAUAAAAACAUAUUUACAGCAGGCAGGGUUAAUCCUAGAUGGACCUGGCACCCAGACUCCUUCAUUAAACUGAAGUGGUCUGGGUGCCUAUAGUGGUCCUUUAACUGCUCUAAAACACCCAUAUUUGUGUUGAGCGACGUCUCACUAGUACAACAUUAUUCCUCAUGUACAGAUUUUAUGGAGUUUUAGAAAGUUACAUGGGCAAAUAUAGGGCUUGCAAAUUAAAUUAUCUAGUAUUUCUGCCUGGGUUGUCAGGCAGGUCUUCCAAUAUAUAAUUCAUAAAAAAAUCUACAAAAUACAUUUAUAAUCAAAUUCAUAUAUAAUAUAAUUUUAUUCUAAGUGUAUUUUGAUAUUAAUUUUUUUUUGAAAAUGUGUAUGUAAGGGGGUUCUUAUCUGCCGUCACAUUCUAUGUUUCUAAUUUUCUUUGUCUGUUAACUCACUGAGGGUUAUUUUAUAUAUACAGAAAACAGAGUUAACUGUUAGUGCUAUAAUACACAGAGUACCCAAGGUUUUUAGAGUGUUCCGUUACAGAGAGUCAAAAUACAAUAGUAUGGAUGACGUAGGUGUAUUCUGCCUUAGAAAUAUAUCUAUAGGAAGAAAUAUAAAAAUAUAUAGUGUAAUACCAUUAAAACAUAUAAAGGGUGAGGGUGGUAGAGAACUCACAAGAUUAAGAUGAAUUCAGGCAUAUCUCCCUUGAUAUUAGGGAAUUAGAGAAGUGUGAGGGACUGGAUAGAAAGUAACAGGUCUUCUGGCUUACUCCAAAUAGAAGGGAGAAAAAAUGAUAGUGCAGAUUGUAUAAAAGGUAACAAUUUAUUACAUGUAUUGCACUUACAAUGUUUCAAAACAACAGCAGCAUAUCUCCACACCAGGUGGUAUCCACGUAUUUCAGCUAAUCCAAUCACAACAAAGGAUUGCAAACAGUACCAGCAACAAUAAAAUAAAAAGUAAAAGUUCAUAUGAACAAAUAAACCGUUCCAACGCGUUUCGUCCUCUUCUGGACUUCCUCAGGGAUGUGUGGCUCUGAUUCAAUUGGAUUUUCCUUUUAUAUCCACCAUGGAAUAAGAAAAUUGCUUGCCGGUGGUGGCGUGCGUUCCACCUUGGAACUCAGUCUAUUUCCGCAUGACGUCACUUCCGGUAUAGCGGACCGAAUGAAAACUCCACAUCUACUACUCAUUGACGGCAAUAAUAAAUAAAAUUAAUUUCAACAAAGGAAUACAUGAUGUAUCAACUUUAUGGCAAUACAGUAUUUUAUCAUAUAGGAAUUGAGCAUUACAAUACUAAACAUUCAAGCCCUUUUAGAGAAAUUUGAUAAUUGUUAUCUUUUAUAUUAGAUAGCUGGACAUUAAAUAAAAUCAUAUGAGUAUAUUGAUCUAUCAAAUUAAGUAUAUAAAUUGAAUAUAAUUUGAGAGGCAGUUAGUUGUUAUGCUCAACACCUUUACAAAAACACACAAGUAUAUAUAAAUAAACAAAUCCCUUUAUUGCUCUAAAAUGGACUAAGGGACAUCUUGGUAAUUAGAAAAACAAAUUAGUAUUAUUUUAUAUAUAUAUGUGUGUGUCUGAGGGUGCUGUUAGUGUGAGGGUGCUGUUGCUGUGUGUGUGAAUAUGUCUGGAGGGAUUGUGUGAGGGGCAAGAUGUAAAUAUAUUAUGUUUUUUUUAAAUAAAAAAUAAAUAAACUGAUGAUUGCAGUAUCAUCUCGAUAGCUGCGAAGGGCAGGUAUCCUUGCUCUUGGGAAGGCCUGAUCAUUGGGGCGUACUAUGCCGCUCCAAAGGUGUUCAAGCCCUCCUUUUAUAGGACGGCAAAGCACGCUCUGUCUUUAAGGGGUAAAAAAACAUCUUAACUGUCUCCUCCGUUUCCUUCAGUGCGCAGGGAGUUUGUGAGUGUGUAGUUUGUAAUUUUAGGGAAAACCCCACCGCCUCCAAAAGAAGUAAUUCAUAAAGAUCAAAUCUUUAUAAUAUAUCCAAAUUGACUGUGUUGGAAUUUAACUUAAAUUCCAACCCUGUAAAAAAUUAUAGUGAGACAAAGUAGGGACUACUUUUUGUCUCUGUAUUUUUUCCUCUGCUUGACAAAAAGACAGUCAAGCCGUGUCAAAGCUUGUCUGAAAAGGCAGUGUUUGCAUGAAAAUGCCUGCAUAUAAUGAUUACAAUAUACUCACCACAACAACUACAUGAAGCUGUUGUUCUGGUGACUCGCGCAAAAGAAUUGCAUUCUGUUUACAUUGCAUUGUUCGCAUAUUGUCAUUACACAGUUGCAGAGUUAUUCAGUAGCGUGUUAAUAGAAUUUAGAAGAAAUUUCAUUUUUUAGGCCAAAAUUUAAUGUGUCCAAACUCGACUAUGUUACAUCUUGGUUAUUUUGGUCCAAACUUUAAAUUCGCUUUCAGGGAAAAAAAAAAGAUCAUGUACUGUACAUUUAUUGAUGCUGUAUGACUAAGUGUCACUCUUCGCCAACAGUCCUUGCAUGCAGACUGUAGAUGAUGUGAUCAUGUGAUAGUGAAGGGGUUAGUUUUAUAUAUCACAGCGUCAUAUUUGCUACGGUAUCAUUUUGUUGGUUGUGCAAAAUGAAAACUAUCACCAACCCAGCGCAGGAAAUGUCAAUGUAAAUCUAGAAAAACUGCUGAAAUGUUUUUGGUAAGUUUAAGAAAAUAUCAUAAUGCAUUUCUUUUGUUCUUUUCUUUAUUAGUGUUUUGCUUUAUUGUGACAUAUGUAGUCAUGGGUUAAUUUCCAUUUAAUGAGCUCUGUUCAUGUUAUAAAACAUCUCUCAUAAGUAAUUAAGAGUUGAUGUCAAAUUCAAAAGCACUCCGAGAGUAAAUUAUAUUAAUAAGCAGCUUGCUUGAUAAAAUACCCUUAUACUGAACGAUGCAUAGGACUGGAUAUUGAUUCCGAUUCUAAUUGACACUUUAGUAUACCGAUCGCUUAUAAUUAUGCAGUUCAGUAAACGAGAUAAGCACAAUUACAUUUAGUAAUACUGGACAUGUUUUUUACAUGGCGUAAUAAUGACAUAAAAUAUUCUUGCUAUGCUAAUGUCAAUGCGGCAAACAGGAUAAAUAGUCACUGUAGUUUGUAAAAAUGUUUUCAAUGUUUUACACCUGCCAACAAAUUAAUUAAAUUACUAAAAUCAUUCCACUUGUCACUUGUCUACUGAAUGAAUUAAUAUGACCUUUGGACUGGCAAAUAAACAAUAUGUGCUUUGCUGGCAUCAAAUAGCGCCAGGGGGAAACACUUUAAUGAUUUUAAAAGGAAGGCGUAUUGUUGAUUUCUUGUUGGGAAUCGACUAUUAUUGCUUAACUCCCUGAUCAUCAGAAAAUUUUCGCGCUGUUUUUAAGUCCACUCUCAGGGUAGCAUUAUAAAGUCAAAGCUGUGGGCAUCUAUUAAGGAGCCAUCAUUAAAGUGGGUGCCCACUGUCAGAUUCUAUAGAGAAGGUUUUAAAUGGGUUUGGGGGUGAGCAAAAGACCGGAGAGAGUAAGUAAGGGUUAACAUAAAAACAUAGUUCGGCACAUCUAGCCUGCCCAAUUUUCUUAAUACUUUCAUUAGCCUUAUCUAACGCAUGCUUAAAUUUCCUCACUGUGUUAUCCUCUACCACUUUAGCUGGAAGGCUUUUCCAUGCAUUCACGACCCUCUUUGUAAAGUAAUACUUCCUGAUAUUAUUUUGAAACCUUUGCCCCUCUAAUGUAAGACUAUGUCCUCUUGUUGUGGUAGUUUUCCUUCUUUUAAAUAUAUUCUCCUCCUUUACUGUUUUUUUUACAUUCUUUAUUUUUGAAGUGCAGUGACGGUAAUACCAGUGAACAAUUACAUUUUACAAACUUAUACAAUAGAAAGAGGGAAUUAUGGUCAAACUUAGCAGGGUAAUAAUCUGCACAUUUUGUUGGUUACUGAAACAAUUGAAUCAAUUAUGUCUUAACUUUGGUCAUAAUAAAGGUAUACAGUUGAUGUAUGAGUUGCAGAAAAGUAACGUGUUAUCCGACAUUUCUAGGUUAAAGACUAGAGGUUGGACUCUUUCAGCGGAGUAUGGCAUGUGCUCUUUAAAAGGUGAGGGUGAAACCACUGAUACUUAAUGUAUUACAGCGCUGCCGCACCUCGCUAUGCGGGAGUACCACCAAAUCUAUUGCAAAGAGUGUAAUCCCAGUAAGCAAGAAUAACCUUGGGAGCAGGCUUAAAUGAAACAUAAAAUAUUUGGAGCCAAUUGAUUUCAUGCGGAUCAUCCAGGCAGUGAUAAUCAUAUAAGCACACCUCAUAUUAAUGGCAAUUGGUCAGUAAGGUCCAGAAUAGGCACUGUGAUAUUGCCCCUGCUGUCAGUUGAUCAGUGAGUGACAUAGGAAUGCUAUCCAACCCAGUGUUCUGCGUACGGUGGAGACCUGUGUAGGUAUUAUACGCCUCAAUAGGGCAGGCGUGUGUGCUGGGUUGGGACCCCUCCCCCCCCGUGGGUGUGUACGUUCAUCUGCAUGUGCCUCGAUUGCUCUUACAGUACUGAGGGCAAUUGUGCGUAUAAGCGUCAUAGCACCGUCGGUGGGGCGUAGCCCUAUUGGUGUCUGUGUGAGGGGUCGUAACGCACAUGUACUGCAACAUGCGGUCCCCGUGGUUCCCGCCAACCCCCAGUCCGCUUUAUGGUCACGUGUGAGUUCGUCAUGUAUCAUUCGGUGUUCCACGAUAGAUAUUUGGUAGUUCCUGUCGGUGUUGUCGCUAGUGCGUUGGUGGUCAUAGUCCCGGUGCGUGCGGGACAUCAAGUCUGUAAAGGUGUGUGUAUAUCCUUCUGGAGAUACGGUCUCCAAUACUGCAUACUAAGGAAUUGCAUUAUUGACUGUAUUGCUUCCCUUUUCUAGGAUCUGUGUAUAAUUUUUGUUAUGGGACUGUUUUAUUUGUUUGUUGAAUUUUUAAAUGAAUUUACAGAACAAACUGAUCUGGCACGCAAAGUCUGCCCCCUAUCAUACAGAGGUAAUGAGGAAUUCUUACUCCCUUAUCUGUCCAAUUUUGUAUGGCAAUGAUAAGCUGUAACCACUGGAUUAAAUCACCUCUUUUGCUCAAACAGUUUAAUAUUACUGAAAGGGGACGACACCCUGAGACUCAAUGCACCAUAAAUAUUACAAUAGGCUUUAGUGGUUAUGGUACUUUAAGUUAACUUUUUGUUUGUAAUCACACAUCUUAGUUGAUGCAUUUUAUUUUGGACAUUUUUGUUGCACAAAAUCGGUGUUAUUUUUCAAAAGUUUGUUAUACAUUUUCUUUUCGCUUAUAAAUUUCUGUCAAAAUUACAAUUUCCUGCUUGGAUAUACAUAUUACAAAUAUGUGUUUCACAUUAUCUGAAGAACAGGCAUAAAAGUGUAUCAGUGGAUGCCAUAUCUACUUAAUAAUAUGCAAUAUACAAUCACAGGUGCUAAGCAUGUUGUAAAGUAUUAACUCUAAAGGUAUUCAGUGUAUUUAACCCCCAUAAUUUGUGUGAAGGCAAAAGCUAAACCCUUAAACUAUAAAACCUUAAAAGUCAUAAAUAUAACCUGUAGAUAGAGUUUAUGACUUGAGAAUGUUAAUGUAUCUUGGUCUCCUUGUGAGUCUAAGAUUAUCUUUAUAUGUGUUUGAACUAAGUGGAAAGUAUAUUGUUAUCUAAAAGGGCUUGAGGUUGAGCCCUGAUAUACAGAUUAUUCACUAAAAUGAGAAUUGUUAAGAAUUCAAAGUGAAUUUCAAAUAUAAGGCCUUGCCGACUUAGAGCAACUUUUCAAUUUGGUUAUUUUUGACCUUAAACCUAGAAUUUCCUUUUGAAUUCCCAACAAUUCUCACUUUAGUAAAUAACUCUGAUGGUGUUUCUGUGGCUUUAAGGUUGGUGGCCUUAUGACAUUGGUCUGCACUAGUAUUGGGUGCAUAUCACUUUAACAGCUACCUCACGAUCCGGUGUUUCCUCAAUAAAUCUGAGUACUGGCUGUGGCUCUGAGUUAUUGAGAAUGGCUAGGGGAUUUAAGGAAACUCUAAAAGUAAAGCCCCCUCAAUGUAGUGAAGAGCAUAGAACUGAGCAGGGAGAUCUUUUAUCUGCUUGAUGAGUCAAGGAGGGCACUCUCCCAGCUAGUGCCGAAGCUCCAGGCUCUAGGCGGAUGCCUAUGCGGCCUUAUAGGUAAAUUGGCUCUGAAAUUAUGUUUGUAGCAAUUAAAGGACCACUAUAGGCACCCAGACCACUUCAGCUUAAUGAGAUGGUCUGGGUGCCUGGUCCAGCUAGGAUUAACCCUUUUUAAAAAUGGGUUAACCCAGCCUCUAGUGGCUGUCUCAUUGACAGCCGCUAGAGGGCUUCCGCGCUUCUCACUGUGAUAUUCACAGGGAGAAGACGCCAGCCUCCAUAGGAAAGCAUUAUGAAUGCUUUCCUAUGGACAGGCUGAAUGCGCGCGCGGAGGAGGAGAGCUUCCCACCCAGCGCUGGAGAAAGAGGUAAGUUUAACCCCUUCCUCCCCCCAGAGCCCGGUGGGAGGGGGACCCUGUGGGGGCACCCUCAGGGCACUAUAGUGCCAGGAAAACGAAUAUGUUUUCCUGGCACUAUAGUGGUCCUUUUAAUGCAGUUGAUUUUUGUUUAAAAAUAGAUGUAGAUGUUAUCAUUUGAUGUUAUCUGGCAGGUUAUUCUACAUGUGCAGGGUUCUACUGGAAAGCACUGGAAUACUUAAUGACCCACCCUAAUUUUGGAAAAAAUCAUUGAGCUUUAUUUUAAAUUGCCAUUAAGGCAUUUUAAGGCACUUUGGAGACGUAUUUGCUAAACAAUGAGUUUUACAAAAUCAAAAUGAAAUUGCAGCACUUGGGCUAAAAUAACUAACCUAUGACUUUUUAAUUAAGUUUUUCAAAAUGUGCUUUGCAGCAUUAAGUGAAAAGGUAUUUAACUUACCUUUUCUCCGUCAGCUCGCUGGUCUCGCUUGGCUAGACCCACAUCCAUGAUCUUGAAUGGACAUUAAGCUGUAGUGGUCCUGAUGGCUAUAGUGUCCCUUUUAGGAACUGUGGGGGAGCCUGAGGUUUGCACCUCUAUCCCUUGCAGACCACGAUAUUUGCUUCCUUGCACUCAUUAACAGAGGACUGCAAGAAAGCAGUGUCACCGUGUGUGUGUGUCAUGGUGUGUGUGUGUGUGUCAUGGUGUGUGUCUGUGUCAUGGUAGGUGUGUCUGUCUGUUUAAAAAAUAGUGCUUUUUUGGGGGGGGGGUUUCUACGCCGUGCUGGUCUCCCCUCAACUGGCCGUGUAUGUAUAUGUGUAAUUUUAUUUUUGUGCGGGUUAAAGUUACACUUUAGGCACCAAGACCACUUCAUUUCAUUGAUGUGGACUUGGUGCAGUGCUCUUGUCCCCUUAAUCUUGCAGUGUAAAGCAAGGCAAAACAUUGCAGUUUCAUUGCAGUUCAACUCCAUGAAACUAUGUUGGAUGUCCAGCAACCUCAAAAUCCCCAUAGGAAAGCAUUAAUUUAAUGCUUUCCUUUGUGAAGGUCUAAUGUGCUUGCUGAGCUCAUCUAAAAUUCACAUUAGAUUUCUGGAGUGAAAGAUUCAUCCAGUGCCAAGGGACCUUGGUGCUGGGAACAGGUAAAUAAAAAAAAUAUAUAUUUUGACCUGUCAAUCACACGAGGGGUCCGUGGAGGCAGAGGGACACUAUAGCAUUAGAAUACAGUUUUCUUUUUCUAAUGCUGUAGUGUUCCUUUGAAAUACAUUGAAGACAUUAGCAAGAAUAAAGAACAAACAAAAAAUUUAACUAUUGAUACCUGUCUACUUUAUUGGCUAUAGAAAUUAAACUAUUGUCUUCUGAUUUAUUUAUAUGGAAAUGUUUUUCAUUUUUUUUCUUUUCAAAGAUCUGACAAAAAGUAUAUGCUAGAGCUAGAUAUUGAAGCAGAAAAGACAAGAAAAAUGUAGGUGAUAAUUUAGUAUUGGGGAAAAAAAAAAUACUUACAACUCUUAAUAAAACUGCGUGCAUGCAUACAGUAAUCUUACAUUCUGUCAAUAAAUGUAAACACGUUUUCAGGUGACCAGCCCUUUGCACGUCAUUGAAUGUCAGAAUUGUUUACCAUGGUCAGUGAAUGCAAACAGUAAUCAUACUCCUCAUGGAAGCAACCUGUGAUAGGACUCGUCAGUGGUAGACAAACUCAUCGUGACCUCAUAGCACAGCUCAUUACAAAUAAGUUAAGGUUACAGGGGAUAUCUCAAACUAACCACAUCCUACCCAUAUUUACACAGCAACACUAAUUUCCAUUGCAUUAUUACAUGUCUAUUUGGAACAUUUUAUCUGGACUAGAUCAAAUUUAACCAUCUGGGGGUGGGAGGGGAGGGGGUAAUAUUUAAAACAAAUGUAUAAAUUUACUAGCAUUUCUGCUAGAACACUGUUUAGAUGAAACAUAAGGCUCUUUAAUUUGAUUGUAUGUUAGUAUUUUAAACACUGCAGUUUUUAAUAUUUUUAAUAGUAUUUUUAAACACUGCAGUUUAAGCAAUAACAUAACUAUUUGCUUUUUUUAUUGCAGGUCCUAUUGGCAGUAUCUUGGUGAAUCGAUAUGGCAGUCGACCCGUAGUUAUCUUUGGAGGCUUUUUAAGUUCGAUUGGUAUGAUUCUAGCUACGUUCAGCACAAGUAUUUUACAGCUUUACAUAUGCGUUGGUGUUAUUGCAGGUAAUAAAACUAUUAUUUCAUGUAAUCUUUUUAAUGUAUGAAUUCAUUGAUGCACUGCAAGGUUGAACCGAUGAACUGAUUAUUUUAUUGAAAUUUAUAUGAAAACAGAAAUUUUAUUUGCAAGGUUUUUUUUAUCCUUCUUUACAAACGGCACAAAAUUACAAAUGUUUCCUCCUGCUUGACUGUAAAUCAGGUUAAAGAACUGAAGUAGGAAAAAAGUAUUUGUUUUUGAAAUGUUUGUACAUAAUAAUAAUAAUGUACUAGAAAUUGACAGCGCAUGUAUACAUUUACAGAUAUACUGUAGUUUCCAGAAUAUUUUCUAUCUCUUCCAGGAUUUUGUAGCCUUUCAUGAACAUAUUUGUGGACUUUAAAGUAGACCGCUUAGAUGUAAAGACUAAAAGGUGUAUUUAAAGGAUCACUAUAGGGUCAGGAACACAAACAUGCAUUCCUGACCCUAUGGUGAAAACCCACCAUUUAGGUGGCUUGCCCCCCCCCCCCCUGCCUUCAGAAUGGGUUAAAACUAACCUUAUUUUCAGCUCUCCAUGGGUCCGCCGGCGCUAGCCCAGCCCCUGAGUGACAUCAUCAACAUUGGAGAUUUUUAGCCAAUCCAAUGCUUUCCCAUGGGGAAAGCAUUGGAUUGGCUAAAACUGGCAAGGGGGCGGGCCAAACACCAUUUUGACCAAUCAGCACCUCCUCAUAGAGAUGCAUUGAAUCAAUGCAUCUCUAUGGGAAAAAUUAGGGAUUAUUCUAGCCCUAGUGACUGAAUAAUCUAAAUUUUAUUAACGACAGGAGGCGAAUAUUUGCUUAUCUUUCUUUACUGAACCUCCCAGCAGCAAAGAAAUGGUUAACAAUAGUGUAAAACAAUUUAACCAAUCAGAGUGUAUAACAGUAUUAUAUGAUGUCAUGAAGCUCCUCCCAAAUACUCUUUCUUGCUGUAGCCGACGGUAUCCAAGUAUCAACCAUGUAAACCAUAACUAUGAACUGUGGACUAAGUCGAAGUCCUGAUGUAGUCAACCAUGUAAACUUUCAACGGGAUUGAUGGAUCCAUAAAUCACAAGCGUUGGGGUUCUUCACACUAAAGGGAAGUAGAGAAAACCAAGACAGGAGGCUUCAUAUUUGCUGUUUUAACGCUCCUAUAUGAUACAAGAUGCAGCAUGUGGCAUAGGUUUGAAGUAGAAUGUACGAAAAGUAGACUCCCUGGACCAAUCCGCAGACGACAAAAUGUCUGAGCAGGAGCUACCAGCACAAAAGGCUGAGGACGCGGCUUCUCCUCUGACUGAAUGCGCAUUAAAAGAAGAGUCAAUGUCUGCUUGGGCUAGUAUCCAUCUGAUCCACCGUGUGACUGUGGGAGCGGACACCGGUUUGUGUGGUUUGACAUAGGACACGAGAAGAAGUCUUGUAGGGGGACGCAGAGUGGUUGUGGCAGCUAUAUAGUGCCUUAAACAGAGCGCCACACAGAGUGACUGUCUAUUCGGAAAAUAAGGGUAGAAUACAGUGGAGGAAUUAGUCUUCGCCUAGUGAUGUGAAAUUUAACGCCUAAAUGCUCGAAUGUCGGAGACCCUAUGAAAGGAUACCAGACAAAGAAGUAAGGCCAGUUUGGCAGAGAGUUGACGUAACGUCAAAUUCUCAUUAGAGGGCCAGGAUUCUAAAAGGGUAAAAAACCUGAGCGACAUCCCAGAAAUUGGAAUAUUUAGGAAGAGGGGGUCUGACUAGCCUGAUCCCUCGUACAAGUCUACAAACUGAUGGGUGUUUUCCUAUUGAUGCAUUGUCAAUAGGGUUGUGGACUGCAGAAAUAGCUGAUCUAAAAACAUGAAUUGAUCUAUAGGACUUGCCUUGACCAAAUAAGGUAGACUUGCUUUAAUUCCCUGGUGUCCCGCAUCUGGGGAAACCAGGGAACUGUCCCCGGGCAGCACAGUGUGCUGUGCAGUGAGCACUAGGACAAUGCAUGGAGCGUUUCAGCAGUGCUGAUGGUUAGGCACAGGCCAGCAGCCUGUCACUGGGCGGGUAUGCCCCUUUUCUGGGAAGAAUGAUGCAAAUGGCAAAAAUAAAUCAUUUGGGAACAUUAUCCUCAUUCUCGGAUCCUUCCUGUAACAGAGGCCUGGGUGUCUGAGGGUUCUGUGCAGUAUCUUAGCUGUUCCUAGCACUGCACUCUUCUGGACAGCGAUCUCAGAUGUCCCACCUGGAAUCUGAAGCCACUCCCCCAACAUGGGACUCACAGCCCUGAGUGCUCCUAUCAGAACUGGGACUUGAAUUACCUUUACUUUCCACAUCCUUUCUAGCUUUUCGUUUUUCCACCUUUAAUGUUCCAUGACUAAAUGUUCUCGUCACUGGGUAUUCCCACAUCCACCAUGACUGCAGUCUUCUGUUCCUUGUCAACUACCAUGAUGCCAGUACUUGCUUGUCUGUCUGGAUCUGGAAGAACCACAGGAUCUCAGCCCUGUCAUUCUCAACUACCCAUCUGGACUUUGGCAGGUCCAACCCAUAUUCUGAGUAGAUGUUUCGGUAGAAGACAAAGUAAAGUCACAGAGUGGCGUCACUGAGUGCUGAUGCACAUGGUGCGUAAAAGUCACCAAAGCUCUGUUGAUUCCAUAGCUGAAGAGUUCCAAACUUCCACACGCAUUAAUAUCAGCACAAAAACUGUGCAGUGGGAGGUUCAUGGAAUGGUGCAGCAUGGAAGCCUCACAUCACUGAGUACAAUCCUUCUUCUCUGUUUGACAGUCUGAUUGGCGAUUCUGGGUUUUGUGCAUGCCAAAAUAACUUUUUAGUGGUAUGGGCCUGUUUUUCAGGGUUUGGGCUAGAACCCUUACUUCCAGUGAAGAAAAACCUCAAUACUUCAGUAUACCAAGACAUUUUCUACAUGCUUCCAGCUUUGUGGGAACAGUUUGGGGAAGGCCUUUUUCUAUUCCAGCAUGACUGUGCCACAGUGCACAUAACAAGGUCCAUAAAGACAUAGUUGGAUGAGUUUAGUGUUGAACCUUUUGGGUGAACUGGAAUGAAGAUUGCUAGCAAGGCCUUCUUGUUCAACAGGAGUGCUUUUUGAUUGGGCAAAUUUUCCCAGAGAGACACUCGAUAAUCUUGUGGAAAGCCUUUCCAGAAGGGUGGAAGCUGUUAUAGCUGCAAGAGGGGGAGAAACUGAAUAUUAAUGUCUAUGUAUUUAGAAUCCUUUGGGAUAAAAGUCCAAUGGUGUAAUGGUCAGGUAUUUUGUUUGGUUUAAAAUGAAUUUAAUUAAUUAAUAAUGUAUUUGCUUAAUAAUUUUGCACUUCUUUAUAUUUUUUCAAAUUCAAUUAAAUUUAAUGCAUGCUAAAAUAAAAUUUUGAAAAAUAACAAUAUUGGAAUUUUGGCCUCUGUGUAUAUACUUCUGUGACCGUUUACUGAAAAGAGAUUUUAGAGUUACAUUUACAACUUAAAUUUAGUUAGUGACUUAGAAGCAUUUUUAAUGACAAGUCAGCAAGAGCACUGCUGAGUGGGAAGCUAUCACAUACUAAUUAAUGCUGCUAAAAUGAAAUUAUAAUAAAUUAGAUUUGUGUCACUGGAAAAUUAAUGAGCAGAUAAUAGGAUCUUUUAAUUGAUUAUUAUCUAAAAGAUUGGUUGGCAUUCAAUUUUUUUUUUUUUACAUUUUUUUUUUACUCUCAAAAUGUCUUUUCUAUAAAAGUGUUGCAUGGUCCCUUAUAAACAUUCAUAGCAACAAAUUAUAUGUUUUGGCGUGGAUUUUGUGUUUUUUUUUUUUUUUUGAGGGGGAUGUAUUUACUAAAAUUUUAUUUAAAAAAAAAAUAUUUUAUAUUGUAUUUAACAGUGGCAGUGGCAUUUUUUUUUUUUUAUCCAUCUACAGAAGGAGAGAUUCAUAUGUGUUUAUUUACUAGAUGUCAUAUUUUAAAUUGAAAAUGUAACUAUAUACACCGAUCAGCCACAACAUUAAAACCACUGACCGGUAACAUGGAUUAUAUUGAAACACUUGUCAAGGGGUGGGAUAUAUUGGUCCGGGGCUGCAUAGCAGCAAGUGGUCAGACUGCCCAUGAUAACUCCUAUCCACCACCAAAAGCACCUUCAAUUGGGACAGAAUUGGACCAUGGAGCAAUGGAAGAAGAUUGCAUGAGCUGAUGACUCAUGUUUUCUUUUAGAUCAGGUGGAUGGUCAGAUACGUAUGUAUUGUUUACCUGGAAAAGAGAUGGCAGCAGGAUGCAAUAUGGGAAGAAGGCAGGCCGGCGGGACAGUGUUGCACUUUAAGCAAUAAACUGCUAGUAAACCUUGGGUCCUGGCAUUCAUGUGGUUGUUACUUUGACAAGAACCACCUAUCUAGAGAUUGCUGACGACUGCAUACACCUCUUCAUGGCAAUGGUGUUCCAUGAUGGCAGUGACCUCUUUCAGCACGAUAAGUUACCCCACCACACUGCAAAAGUUGUUCAAGAAUGCUUUGAGGAUCACGACAAAGAGUCCAAGGUGCCUCCAAAUUCCUCAGAUCUUAAUCCGAUUGAGCAUCUGUGGGAUGUGCUGGAACAAAAAAAUCCUCACAUUGUAACUUGCAGGACUUAAAUGAUACCACAGGACACAUUCAGAGGUGUUGUGGAGUACAUGUAUUGACGCAUUAGAGCUAUUUCGGGAGCUCGAGAGGGUUACCUACACAAUAUUAGAAAAGGGAUUUUUAUGUUUUAACUAUCAGUGUAUAAUUUUUAAUAUAUGAGUUGAAAUGUUUUUCAUAAUUUAUUUUUGCCUACUUUUUGUAAUUGUUAUGGUGUCAGGAAUGUUCCUUUUACACUGAAGCUAUUUUAGUUAUUAAAGCUUCCCUUUAAUAUAAUUAAUAUCAAUUACUUUGUUUCAGGGCAGUUUGUUUUAUCACCUUUAAGGGCAAUAUGUGAAAUUGCUACAAUGUGUUUGCUUUUUGUUUUGGAAGGAACAACUGGGUUGCAUGAUAUGUUACACUUGAUGGCCUUUGAAGUGUUUUGAAAUGGUUCUUUAAGAUUUUACCACAUGCUCAAAAGUAUACAAUUUACACCAAAACUCCAGUUUAACUUUCAUAAAAAAUUGGCAUUUUAUUUUUAUAUAAUGUAGCAAAUCUCUGUUUAUUCUGUCUUACAGGCUUUGGAUUUUCUCUAAACCUUCAGCCGUCAGUUAUCGUGAUUGGAAAGUACUUCUUGAAACGGCGACCAAUUGCAAAUGGCCUAGCAAUGGCAGGAAGUCCAGUCGUACUCUCUACGUUGGCACCUCUGAAUCAGUAUUUGUUCGACGAGUAUGGGUGGAGAGGGAGUUUUCUCAUCCUGGGAGCCCUGCUCUUGAACUGUUGUGUGGCUGGUGCUCUGUUUCGUCCUAUUGGACCCACAGUUCUAAAAUCUAAAAAACAAAAAGACAAAGGUGGUGAUAAAGCAAGUGCUGGCUUUAUGGAAACAGGGAAACUAAAGGAAAAGAAGGAAGAAAGCUGUAUGCAAAAAUUUAACAAAGUCCUUGAUUUGACCCUUUUUAAACACCGAGGCUUCUUAAUUUACCUUGUUGGAAAUGUUAUAAUGUUUCUUGCAUUUUAUGCUCCAAUUGUAUUUUUAACACCAUAUGCAAAGCAUCUAGGGGUUGAUGAAUACUCAUCAGCCUUUCUUUUAUCAAUACUUGCCAUAGUUGAUAUGUUUGCCAGACCACUUACAGGAAUCGUUGCCAACACCAAGUGGAUCAGGCCAAGAAUUCAAUAUUUUUUCAGUGCUUCUGUUGUAUUUAAUGGAUUCUGCCAUCUCAUGUGCCCGAUAGCCGGAGACUAUGCAGGUUUGGUGGUGUACUCUGUGUUUUUUGGAUUGGGUUUUGGCAUGGUGUGUGCAUUGCUAUUUGAAACUCUGAUGGAUCUUGUUGGCGUCAAACGAUUUUCCAGUGCUGUUGGGCUUGUCACCAUUGUGGAGUGUGUUCCUCUUCUAAUAGGACCCCCACUUGGAGGUAAAUAUAUUCUAUUUAAUUACACAUUUUGUAACAUAAACCAAAAUUAUUUUUAAAGAGGCAUUUUAUCUUAUUUUAAAUUUUAAUAACUGUAUUGCACUAGGAGUGCUUUCUCUGUUCCCUCCACCCUACUUUUCUCUCCUUAACUACAGAUAUCAACUGUACAGUGUAACAGGCUAUAAGUAUACACACAUAUAUACCUGGGCUUGUAGACACCCUAUAAGGGAUCACACUUGCUUGCACUGUUUCAUCUGUUUGUAAAUACUUCUCAACACUUGAGGGGUUCUAUACAUAUGUAUGCGCACUAGCUCUUUUCUGUUUUGUGAUUGUUCCUGUACCUUAUUACCUUGGUAUAUUGUGGGUGCUGCAAACCUAUUUAUAUUUUAUCUUAAUUUUCUGCGCCAACUUAUCUACUGCACAUUUUUUCAGUAUUAGACUAAUGACAGUUGCAAGAGAGGAAUCAGUCGGGAGCUAUUAACAGUUUAAUUGAUAAGCAUUUAUGAAGAAGAGGAUUUUUAAUGAUUUUUUGAAAGAGUGGAGACUCCAUAUUGCUGCAUAUAUGUAUGUAUAUAAAGUGAUCCAAUAAAGGUGAAACGAGAUACAAGAAUAUUGAAAAAGAACUAUAUAAGACAUUAAGAUGUGUGUUUAUAUAAAGUUUUGCUAGUGUGUGAGAAAGCCAGAGUCUACAUUAAAGGACCACUAUAGUGCCAGGAAAACAUACUUGUUUUCCUGGCACUAUAGUGCCCUGAGGGUGCCCCCACCCUCAGGGACCCCCUCCCGCCGGGCUCUGGGGAGAGGAAAGGGGUUAAACGUACCUUUUUUCCAGCGCUGGGCGGGGAGCUCUCCUCCUCCUCUCCGCCUCCGAUCCUCCUCUUCAGCUGAAUGCGCAUGCGCAGCAGGAGCUGCGCGCGCAUUCAGCCAGUCUCAUAGGAAAGCAUUUAUAAUUAUUUCUUAUGGACGCUAGCGUCUUCUCAAUGUGAUUUUCACAGUGAGAAGCACGUAAACGCCUCUAGCGGCUGUCAGUGAGACAGCCACUAGAGGCUUUAGAGGCUGGAUUAACCUAUUUAUAAACAUAGCAGUUUCUCUGAAACUGCUUUGUUUAUAAAAAAAAAAAAAAAACGGGUCCUAGAGGGACCUGGCACCCAGACCACUUCAUUAAGCUGAAUUGGUCUGGGUGCCUAGAGUGGUCCUUUUAAGUAUAAGCCGAGUUUUUGGGCACAUUUUUUGUGCUGAAAAAGCCCCCCUCGGUUUAUACUCGAGUCACUGUAAGACUGUAUGAAUUAUGGCAACUUACAUUGCCAUAAUACAGACCAGAACCACCGAGCUCAUUACAAGCCCGACGGUCCUGUUGGGGGCCGGAGCAAGCUGUUACCUGUGCAGCAGCUCCGUUCACCUCCCCAGUGUAAAUCUUGCAAGACCCGCGGCUGUCAGAGCGUUGCCACGGUAAUCCGGCACACAGACCGCGAGAUUUACACUGGGGAGAUGAACAGAGGUGAACAGAGCUGCUGCACAGGUAAGUACUACAGCCUUGCACUUUGUCCUGGUUGAUUGCAAAGAAAGCCUACAAGUAAGUUCAGUGCGUCCUUUUGUCUUGGAGGCAGUUCUAAUCAGUGACCUGCUCAUUCCUUGCUUAUACAUGUUUUUGUGCUGAAUGAAAGUGGUACACAUACUUGAAUAUCCCCAGAUUCGCUGUUUUUCAUUUAACUCUUCGCAUAUCUGUGAAUGUUUUUCUUUCAUUUGCUCAAUUGGCUAAGGAAUGCUGUGCCUCCAGUGCAUCGAUUUUAGAUAUUGUAAAUACUGCCAUCACCCUUGACACCUGUUUUUCACUCAAACACUCCAUGAUGAUCUUCCACCUGAAACUGAGCUUGCUCCGUCUCCCCCACUGCUACUGGACCACCAGGGAAUCAUAUAGCCCCCCUCCCUGGCCAGGUAACAUGCAGGGAGGGGGAACAAAAAAAACAAACAAUUAAAUAUCAAAAUAAUAAUAUUAAAGAAAAUUAAAAUAAAGAUAUUAAAAUAAUUAUUUUAAAAAAUUUAAAUAAUAAAAAUGCCCUCCCCCAACCCAGUUUACACACACUACACAAACACACACACUCUGCAUUAUAUACCCACACUGCAUUCAUUAUAUACACACACUGCGUUCACACAAACACACACAUUCUGCAUUCAUUAUAUACACACACAAACACUGACACACUGCAUUCAUUAUAUACACACACUACACACAAAGACUGCAUUCAUUAUAUACACAGACUGUAAAUAAGUAUUCAAUUAAUGUAAUUUUAUUGGGAUCUAAUUCUAUUUAGAAAUUUACCUGUAGCUGCUCGAUUUCCCACCCUAGGCUUAUACUCGAGUCAAUAAGUUUUCCCAGUUUUUUGUGGUAAAAUUAGGGGCCUCUGCUAAUAUUCAGGUCGGCUUAUACUCGAGUAUAUACGGAAGCGCUUCUAGCAGCUGUCAGGAAGGCAGCCACUAGAUCCUGGAUUAACCUGCAAUGUAAACAUAGCAGUUUCUCUGAAACUGCUAUGUUUACAUCUGAAGGGUUAAAACCUGGGGGACCUGGCACCCAGACCACUUCAUUGAUCUGAAGUGGUCUGGGUGACUAUAGUGUCCCUUUAAGGGAUCAUAUUCGAGCACAUCCGCGAAUGUGGUGUACAUGAUACAGUGUACAGUGUGUGACAAAGGUUUGGAGAAACUGGCCUUAAGCUGCAUCUCAGAAUGAAUCUACACAGACACUCAAUCAAGAACCACUAGGAAAAUGGAUAUUGUACCCCUGUUGGUCAUCACUUCGCCCAGACUGGACACUCCAUCCAAAACCUCAGGAUUAAAGUUCUUAAAGGGAAUUUCAAAGACUCUCUUGAACGAAUUACAUUUAAGAUGAAAAUUAUCACACAUGUCAACACCAGAAAUGAAGGACUUAAUGUAGAUUAUGGCUUUCUCACACACUACCAAAACUUAACAUAAACACACAUCUUAAUGUCUUAUAUAGUAAUUUUUCAAUAUUCUCACUUCACGUUUGUUGGCGCAAUUUAUAGGGAUCGACCGAUUAUCGGUUUUGCUGAUAUAUAAUCUCCGGUAAUACCGAUAAUGAGAGUACUUUUAUAUUGAAGACAUACAAAACAAAUAUCAUAACAUAACUAUUGCUGUUUUUUUGUCAGUCUACAUCAACUCAUCAUAUGUUACCGUCUGGUGAAAAAAAAAUGUUUUAAGGUGGGUUUAUAACAUUUUUAACGGAUUCAUUUUUGGUUUAUUUACAGGUGCAAUAGUUGAUGCCUCCGGGGACUACAGAUACAUGUUUUAUGCAUGUGGUGGUACCAUAGUGUUUGCAGGUUUGUUCCUAUUUGUUAUGAACUAUUAUAACUAUCGGAUGCUUGAGAAGGAAGAAAAGGAAAGACAAGACAAAGAGAUUGAAAUGAAAGAAGGCAAUGGCUUCACAACAGAAAACAAAAAGCAAGCACUAAAUGACACUGAUCAUGAGGUCAAAAAUGGCCAUGAGAUCAUAGCUGAACAAUCUGAACCUGAAAAAAGUUCAAAAGAAGUACUUAAUGGCUCAAAAUGAGCAUAGACAUAAAGGACAUGAAAACAUGAUGGUUUUGUAAGUGUAGUAAAUUUUCAGACCAAAAUGAUAAUUUACUGUGAUUAGAUAUGGGUACAUUUCUGUCCUAAAAGACAAAUUGGAGAAACUUGACAUUUUUGACAAAACACAUGAAACCCAGCUGAUUAUUAUAAUUUUUUUUUUCUUCUUUAGCGGGAAAUCCAGGAAAAUAUUCACUGGUGAAAAUUAAUCCUAUUGUAAUUCAGGAUUACUGAAUUGACAACGUUCUUUUGCAAACAUAAAAUGUGUAAUUUCACAAGAAGACAAAAAUGGUAGCGCAUUACUAGCAGUGAUCAACAUACAGGUCCCUUGUAUGUUGCUUUUGGAUUCAAAUACAAUAUAUUUAUAGAUAUAUAUCUCAUGAUUUAAAUUAUGUAACAUAAAAAGAUAAUACAAGUGUUUAUUGAAUGAGCAAUGAGAAAUUAUAUAAUUUUGAAGACCAUUAAAUUAUGGCAAUGUUUAUUUAAUGUUGCAAUAAAAAAGUACAUUGUCACAAUCAUAUGUAAAGAAGACUUAUAACUGAAAUUUGGAUCAGAACAUUGGACAGUCUUCAGUUCAAGAUUUUAAUGAAACUGAAUAUCGGCUAAAUUGAAAUAAGUGCUUUUAGGUUUCUUUCAUCUGCUAUUAAGAGGUUAUUCCAACUACCAUGACCACCUCUGCUUUUAGAAGUGGUCAUGGUGGUAGCAAUUUAUAUUUGCAGCAUCUCUGCUUGAAACACUUCCUAUUCGAAAAAAUAAUUCAUUUUGUGCAGUAGUGUAAUUGCACCCCCUGCACAUGUGAAUAAUGUUAAUGUUCGACAUGUGCUAAAAUGUAUUUGAAGUUAUUAUUUAAAAAAUAUUCGUACUAGUUGUCAAACAAAUAAUUUUCCGAAAAUCUGGUUAAUUUGUUAUCGAAUUGUUUGAAUUAAAAUACUUUAAAAAGGAAUUUUAAUUCGAAUGAAUUUGUACAAUUUAUGAAUCAAAUUGAUAUUCGGUAUCGAUUCUUUUGAUGAUUAGCAUUAAUUGGAGUAACCCUUUAAUGGGUUAAUCAACAAAUGCUCCACUAUCAGCAAUAUUUAAUAUUGUGGAAAGAAAUAUCUUUAUAUAUUUCCUUGUGUAGUGAUCAUGUAAAUUCUGUUUUCCCAUUUUAUAAUUUUUCUUUGCAAUGUCCAUUUCAAUUAGUUUUAAAUUAAAUUAAGGGCACCAUACAUUUCAUUUGAAAGAUGUGCUAGUCCUUUGACCCUUUGAUAUGAUCUCAUGUGUUCUGGAAGCUUUAAAUAGAGAUGAUAAGCUCAACUAAGGGGAAUUAAUAUUACAGACAUAAUGUAAGGCACAAUCUGCAUCACUGCAGGAGAGUGUAGGCCAUUUCUAAAAUGUAUAUUUAACCCCUUAAGGACACAUGACGUAAAUACUCCGUCAUAAUUCCCUUUUAUUCCAGAAGUUGUGUCCUUAAGGGGUUAAUAACUGAUUUCUCAAUGAUGGAUGUUCUUUAAUAAAUGAAAUCUAGCACUGCUGUGAAAGCAUGACAUGCAGGGAGCCACAGAGGGAAGAAGUGCUGAAUUAUGGUAGCUUUGAGGAUAUUAUUUCAUCAUAUAAUGUCUUAAGGGAAUAGGGAAACACGGAGAGUGCGUUGAACUACUAUCCGCGAACAAGCACUUUCCCUAUUGUGUCUUUGCUCUAUUAAAAGAAUAAGUGUUUGUUCUGUAUUAAUUGUUUUCUACACAAUAUUUUGUUUGUUUUAUAGACUUCACUCAUUUCCUAGUAGGCUAAGGUGAACCUGGUUGUACAUUUAAUAUGGUGCACACUGGUCACUGUAAGUCUUUACUGGACCCGACUCAGAGCUUCACCCUAUAAUCUGACUGUCCAUGACUAGUUAUCGAAUAUACUAAAAGGAAUACUCCAAAUUUAGAAAUAAAUAUAUUUAUUUCUAGUUUUGGAGUGUUCCCCUGUUCGUCUAGAUCAGACCUGCACAACCUGCACCCCCCUAGAUGUUUUGAACUACAACUCGAAUGAUCCCUCUAGCUAUCAGCCAUGAUUCCCUGGCUAUCUGUUUCAUUCAAAAAAACAUGGGCAUUGGCGAUCUGUUAAAUACAUAAUGGGUGUUAAGCAAAGAAUCAUUGGCAUUGUAGUAGAAAAACAUCUGGAGGGCCUCAGGUUGUGCAUGACUAGUCUAGAUUAUAGCCUUCCCCCCUUACUUUAUUUCCGGUCUCAUACAAUGUAUUGGCUAAAGUGAAAAUCGUGAUGUAUUAAAAGUUAUUUUUUAUGUAGAUUUUGCAUUUUAGACAUCAGCAGAUGAAGUAGAAAAAAAAUCUUCAAAUCCCCUAUGUUUUAGCCUAAAAUUUGAAGUUCACUUCAAACUCUGGUUGAUUCAUAUUUUUAUUGUAUAAUCCUAAUUGAGACAUUGGCGUAGGAGAAUUUGUGAUGGUGAAUUGAAGGCAGAUGUUUAUAAUGUUUAUAAUGUCUACUAUGAAAAUGAGACUGAAUUCUACCAACACAUAAAGAUUACAAUCUGUUUUCCAAUAAAACCUAUCUGAAGCUUGGAAUCAAAUUGUAUGCUUUGUGCUAGAGAAUUUAUCUUCUCAUGAAUCUGAUAGGGCUUGUCCUAGAUCACUUGCUGAUGGUUGUAUAGGAAAAUAAAUUGUUCCAUAAUGGUGAACCCCAGUGGCUAAAAGUUUGAUCAACAUAGAAGAACUACUGUAAUUCGGCAUAUAGACCAAUUAUUAAAAAUAUUUCUUUAAAGAAAGAGGUUUAUUUUUUUAUUAUUAGCAUUUUUUAUUGGGUGGGCUAGGGAAAAUAAAUGCACACAACUCGAAUCAGCUGUUUUAACUUGAUAAACUAAAACCUUAUAAGUACCAUAUGGGGUAAGCCAUAAAUUGUUCUGAAACCAUGAUUUAAUCUAUUCCUCAAAUUUUAAUAAUCUGCUUUUCAUCAAAUUUCCCAUUGGAACAGAAUUGCAAAGUUAAUAAAUUCUGAAUUAUUUAGGGUUUUUGUGAAUUGGGUUGGAAACAUCCAUUCUAAAAUAUACAUAAGAGUAACUAUAGCCUAAGUCAUCCAUUCUUUGAUAUUUUCUAUCCUUUUUAGAACAUAACAGCCUGCUAAAUGCCCCAAACCCACCAAUCAUUCAACUCCUCUCAUUUAAGCGAUAGCCAUUUCCUAGAGCUUAAUGUCUCAGUGUUAUGUCUCAAAGUACUGUAUGCACCCUCAGACCAUUAAAAUACCAUGCUUUUAGAAUUGUUAAUAAGCAAAACAGGAUACAGAUGAGAACUGCUAUUGCUAUUAAUAAGUGUGACUUAUUAGAAAUUCAAUGUGAAUUUUACAUUACAGGAAAAAAAAUCACUGAAAAGAAAUGUUUUUUUGUUGUUGUUUUUCUUUUGUUUUCCCCAGCUUGAAAAUUUCCCAACACUUGAAAUUUCCCUGAACAGUCCACACUUGAAUACUAUAGCAAACCCUGUAGUUGUGUGUCAGAAUCCUGAGUAACACUACAAAAACCUAUAGGUGCUCAGCAGUGGCCUUGCAUGCUUUAUGGGAAACUGGUCAAUAUUGUAAUACCAUUGGAAACACAUGUGGACCACUGGCUGUUCUGAUUGUUUAUCAAUACUACUCAGGUGGCCAUUAGUCCCUCCCAAGCUUCGGUUUGUAUAAAUGUAAAUAAUUUUUGGACUCAUGAAUAGUGAUUAUCUGGAAAAUUAUAUGGAUAUUGAUACUGUGAUAAUCAAUGUAAUAUUUAUAUAACUAUUUGGGUAUGUUUUAAUUCUUGUAAGUGGGGAUAGAUGUAUAAAUAAAUUAAUAUAGAAGCA